CCUGUGUAGCAGGCUCCUGCCAUGCCCAGGGCAUCUUGUCGGCUCUGGGGAGCAGGGGCCUCUUCUCUGCCUCCAACCCCGCUUACCGGUGAGAGCUGCCUAGUUCUGUAGGUCCCUGCUGACCCAUACACGCUACGUGGCUUCCCCAGUGCUUCUCCCUGCUAGGCACGGACAUGUCCCAGAGAGGAGCAGGGAAGCGCUGGCUGCUGCACGCACACCUGGGGUAACGAGAUGAAGAGAGGGUUGGUGCCUUUGAGCAAGCAGCCCUGGUGAGCAUGAUUUGCUGUGGAGGGGGGUUUACUCCUGAGAAGCAGGUGGAGAACUGGGAGUGCAGCCACCGGCUCUGGGACAGGGGGAGGAGGCGACUGUGACUCUCCCCUGGAGCCCGUCUCCCUUUGGACUCCCCUUGUGCACACGGCCUCUGCCACCCCAAUUAACCAGGCACAGCCUGAGUGACGUCUCUGCAGCAGUGCCUGCUCCCAUGCAGGGGAAGGAAGGAGCUCCAUGCCCAGAGCUGCUUCUUGGUGGGUGGCUGUGCCAGGCCCCCCAGUUCAGCCAGGGGGCAUGGCUAUCCCUGUCCCAGUGUGACUGCUAUGUACCAUUUGUCCUGGAGAAGCAGCUGGCUGAGCCCUGCUGACAAGUCCUGCUGUGUGCUGAAAGGCAGCAUGGAGGUGAAAAAAGCAUCCCUACUCCGAGGGCAUUUCUCUGCUGCCUCCGAGCCACGCUAGGAAGCACGGCACGCCUGCUCCGGGCAUGCCCCUGCCCAAACAGAUGGCCCAGCCCGUGGGGGCUUACCCAGUGCUUGUCUGUGAGCCUGCCUGAGACGGUGAGCUCAUUGGCGUGGGUCCAGCGCUGCUCUAAGCGGUGCAUCACUUCCAUUUUGGAGCAUGGCAGGUGCACAGCGGGCAGGCCAGGCUUUGCUGCUGUGCUCCUGGCACGGUCCAGGGCAGGGAAGAUGUGCCCUAGGCUGCCUGCAGGGUUCAAAACCCCCAUGGCACCUAUAGAGGAGCAGACGGAUCCUCUUGCUCCACCUUGCUGAUAACAGCUGACUUCUGCCCACCCCGGAGCACCUGCCACCUCUCUUUGCAGGCAAGGAACUUGGCACUUGUGCAGCAGGAAAGGCCUGGGACGGAGGGGAAGGGGGGGGCUCUCUCGUGCGGUGUGUUGCCCCUGGGAAGACAAUCCCAGAUCCUACAUAGCAUCCCAGGCCUGCAGAUCCUUGUUAUGCAGCAGCCUCUCUUAGGGCCCUGGUCCCCGCUGCAGGGGUGUGCAUGGACAUGCAUUAGGAAGGAUGUCCAGGGUGGGAGGACUGUAGAGCAUGGUCCAGCUCCUUGCUUUCCUAUAGGCUUCAGCAUCCUGGGCAAGUCCCUUAGGCCCUUUCUCAGAGGUCUUGAUGGGGAGUGAAGCUCUACCAAGCAAUUCGACCACAACAGCUGCCACCAGCAAGAUGCAUGGCCUUGAUAUUCCCCCCUCCCAGGUUCCUCUCCCAGCUGCUCUGCCUGCGUGUUCCUGUCUCCAGCACGUCUGCCGAGAGCAAGUGGCAGCUUGGCCUCCCUGCUUGGCUUGUGCUGCUUUCUCUCCUGCCUGAAGCAAGCAGCCCGUGUCCGCUCUUUGUGGAAGCGCUGGAGGUCAGGUGCUGUUGUGCGUGACUUGCUGCUCCCUCCCUGCUCCGAGUGCUGCAGUCUGGAGAGAGAGGGAAAAAAAACCCCAUUUCCAAAGUUGAGUCACCAGUUGCUUCUGUUUUCCUCACUCCCCGGCACUGCUGCACAGGACAGGCUGCGGAGCUGUGUGUAGCAGCCCCAGAGCGGCUCGAGGACAAGGUGGGGGCAGAGGGGAGAGAUCCCAGAGUCCUUAGUUUGUCUGCCCAGCACGUAGGGCUGGCGAUUUCAUGGUUGCUUUGUGCUGGGAGAAUGCAACUGGAGGAGGAGCAGAAAGCACAUCUAGAGCAUGCCCUGGCCUGGCUGAGGAGAGAACUGUCCGAGAUGCAGCUCCAGGACCAGCGGCUGCGGGAGAAGCUGCUACAGCUGCAUGCCGGCAUGCAGGACCUGAAAGCGGAGUGCGCUUACUGGGAGCAGUCAGACCCCAGCAGGGAGCCCGUGAGCACCAGAGCUCGGUCCAGUUCGGAGGACAUGGGUGUGCCGGCCCCCACAGACAGCCCAACUUCUCCGCUGAAAGGGGAGACCAGCAGGAGGAACUCCGUCCCCUAGCGCGCCGACAAACAGAAUUGAUGUUCAUCGGGAAAUAAACCCGUCUCUCCGGUCAACCCCAGGUAGAAGCUGUGCCUGCUCCUUUCAGGGUCAAACGGAUCCUGUAUGAACAAGUGGUUUAAAAUUCUCGCCACGGAUUAGUAUUGCUAACGUGUCUGUGCGGCUGUCCGCGCCCCAAGUGGCUGUGGCUGCUUGAUCCCAUUUCUCUCGGGACACCAAAGCUAGGAAGCCCUGCCUUCUGCAAUAAAAGUGUCCCAGACACA